AUGGAGCCCGCACCCAUCCCUCGACCUGGCCCCGCCAAUUUGGGUGCCAAUGCCGGCUUGGAUCAGUGGCUCGAAGAGGCCAAGCAGUGCCACUACCUGCCCGAGCGGGCGAUGAAGGAGCUUUGCGAGAAGGUAAAGGAGAUCCUCAUGGAAGAGUCAAACAUUCAACCCGUCUGCACGCCCGUCACCGUGUGCGGAGACAUCCACGGCCAGUUCUACGACCUUUUAGAGUUGUUUCGAAUCGCUGGCGGCAUGCCGGGGGAGAGCCGUGUGGAAGCUCCGAAAACGGCCACGACAGUCAUCACGUCCGACGACAUUGAGCCGCCCACCGAGAUCACGAACCCCAGACUCAAAAAGAAGCUCAGGUCCCCCAUAGGCGGCACCGGCGGCACCGGCAGCGCUGACGAGGAAGCCGACACAUGUCUCCCUGCCGGAUCUCGCCCUGGGUCGUCGCUGUCGGGCCCCAACGUCACCUCGGUUCAGAGUGCGGAGACGAGGUUCAUUUUCCUGGGGGAUUUUGUCGACAGAGGAUAUUUCAGCCUAGAAACCUUUACCUUGCUCAUGUGCCUGAAAGCAAAAUACCCUGACCGCAUCAUUCUGGUCCGCGGCAACCACGAAUCUCGGCAAAUCACGCAAGUCUACGGCUUCUACGAAGAGUGCCAGCAAAAAUAUGGCAACGCGUCCGUCUGGAAGGCCUGCUGCCACGUCUUUGACUUUCUCGUUCUGGCAGCCAUUGUGGACGGAGAAGUGCUCUGUGUGCACGGCGGCCUAAGUCCCGAAAUCAGAACCAUUGACCAAAUCCGCGUCGUUGCCCGUGCCCAGGAGAUUCCCCAUGAGGGAGCGUUUUGCGAUCUGGUGUGGUCGGAUCCCGAAGACAUUGCAACCUGGGCAAUCAGCCCGCGCGGAGCUGGCUGGCUCUUUGGCGACAAGGUCGCCAACGAGUUUAACCACGUGAAUGGCCUGAAACUCAUUGCGCGAGCUCACCAGCUUGUGAAUGAAGGUUACAAGUAUCACUUUGCCGAAGCGUCAGUUGUAACGGUUUGGUCCGCGCCAAACUACUGCUACCGAUGCGGCAACGUUGCUUCCAUCAUGACGGUAGACAAGGACUUGAACACGCGAUUUAGCAUAUUCUCGGCCGUGGCUGAAGAUCAGAGGCAUGUCCCUGUUAGCAGGAGGGCGCCAAGCGAUUAUUUCCUGUAA